AUGACAGUUGAAAAUGAUAUGUUGUAUAAGGGGUUCAUGUGUAAUGAUAAAAAAACUAUGCAACAUAUCGUCAAACGUUUUGCUGUAAAGAGUCACCACCCUUACAAAGUUGUAGAGUUGACACCAUCUAUAUGGGCAGUUAGAUGUAAGAAGUGGCAAGAUGGAUGCAACUGGCGACUUCGUGUGAUUCUUAAGAAAAAUAUUAACCUAUGGGAGAUUACAAAGUACGUGGACCAACAUUCUUGUGUAUAUUCAGAAUUUAAUCAAAGUCAUUGUCAAUUGGAUUCAAAUAUGAUAAGUAGAGAAUUUUGUGAUGCAGUGAGAGCUAAUCCUUCUACAAGUAUUGCGACACUCCAAAAUCUGAUCAAGGAAAAAUUUGGAUAUCAUGUUCCUUAUUGGAAGGUCUGGGAAGGAAAAACAAAAGCUUUGGCUCGUAUUUUUGGUGACUGGGAUGAGUCAUAUAAACUUUUGACAAAGUGGAUGUACAUGCUGAAACACAUUAAUCCAGGAACAAUUGUUGAAUGGAAAAUUAAGAACUACGGACAACCGGGUCAUGACAUUCUUCAUUCUGUAUUUUGGUCAUUCGAUCCUUGCAUUGCAGUCUUUCAAAAGUUUCGGUCCGUGCUUCAAAUAGAUGACACUCACCUUUACGGAAAGUAUAAGGGUAAGCUACUGAUUGCAACAUCAGUCGAUUCAAAUGGACAUUUGUUACCUCUUGCUUUUGCUAUUGUAGACGAAGAAAGUCGUCAGACCUGGGGAUGA